GCUGAAUCCCCUGCAUUUCUUCAUCACGGCUAUUUGUUCUUAGAUUCCAUCAUUUCCUUUGGCGGCAUCAUCUCUCUGUUUAGCCGGAUUCACCUGCUAACCUUGGUAUCUUAGUCUGCACAUCAUCGCAAGGUACCUUCCAAGUUGCCACCUUUUCGUGUUUAUUGCCGUUAUCCUCUCUCUUUCUCUGGUCCUAUUUCCUUUUGGUUUCUGAUGAGACUGCUGUGCUUCUGACCGUUAGUAGGUGGCUGGGGUUCUUUUCCCCUGCUUUCGGCUUCCUGGCUGACAUGUCUUUUGCCACCGGAGCUCUCUCCUGCUCGAAGAACAUGGGUUUGGAGCACAAGAUGGGGAAUGCUGAGAAAAAUGGGAUCUUGAUGGCUAGGGAAGGUGAAACGGAGGGGAACAGCGAGCGUAAGCAUGCUGGUAAGGAGGAGGAGAUCAACAGGCAGAUGAGCGAGACCUCCCUUUAUGCUACCGAGGAGGAAGAGGAAGAUGAUGAUGGGAAGGAUGGCACAGGGAUUGAUCUGGGACCUCAAGUCAGCCUCAAAGACCAGAUGGAGAAAGACAAGGAUGAUGAGAGCCUGAGAAGGUGGAAGGAACAGCUUCUGGGAAGCGUCGAUGUGAACUGUGUCGGAGAAACCUUGGAGCCCGAGGUUAACAUUCUGAGCCUUUCGAUCAUCUCUCCCGGAAGGCCUGACGUUGUCCUCCCACUUCCUGUGGCUCCGAACUCCAAGGGCGUGUGGUUUACCUUGAAGGAAGGUAGCCAUUACAGGUUGAAGUUUACCUUCUCCGUCAGCAACAACAUCGUCUCUGGUCUCAGAUACACUAACACGGUAUGGAAGACCGGCGUCAAAGUGGACCGAACAAAAGAGAUGCUGGGCACCUUCGGUCCUCGGCUUGAAUCAUACACAUACGAGACACCAGAGGAGACCACUCCCUCGGGUAUAUUUGCAAGAGGAUCAUAUGCUGCAAGGACCAAGGUAAAUUUUCAAUGCCAAGAGGCUCCCAAAACUAUUGGAAUCAAGUUCAUGUUCUCUGUUGUGUUCUGCAAGAACGAACUCAGCACAUUGAUGUGGCUAUAUCCUCCAUUUAUUUGCUGAUGCGAUUGUUUUCUUGUAUCAGUUCAUCGAUGAUGAUGGAAAGUGCUACCUGGAGAUGAACUACUCCUUCGACAUCCGUAGGGAAUGGCAACCGAUUAGCUGAAUAUAAGAUCAGUUCCAUAGAGAAAAGUCUGAUGCUUUUUGAGGCGACAAGUUCAUCAUCAGUGAUCAGUUUCAGAAAAGAGGAGAUUGUAACAUUCUCAAUUUAGUCCCAUCUUAAUCUGCAGGGGGCAGUGGGUGUAUUAUCAUGUAUUCGAGUUUGAAUCAAAGUUAUGGCAAAGGAUGUGGCUCUGUCAAUCUAAGUUUGCCACUUGUAGUACGAGUUCUAAUAGACAGAAUCCACCAUAAGGAACGGAAUUUUCGUGAUGAACUCUCGAUAUCUGAGAUAGGCUUAGAGACACUGAAGCACUAAAAACUUACUCAUGAAUCAGAUUCCAAAUUUGCUCGAGACUCAUUCACCUACUUCUUCAAGCUUAAACUUUGAAGGACCAAUCACCUUGGCCAACACUCGUUUCUCCCCAGGAAAGGGUUAACCCUAAGCUUAUUUGUCUGCCAUGUUUCCCAUAUUUCUAGGCUCCUGACAAGAUUAAAGAAGAAC